AUGUCAAGAAUCGAGUGUCCAACCCAUCUACCAGAACUAGUAAGGAAUCUUAGCUGCAGUAUAAAUAGUUCCUCGUCCUUUUCCGCAGAGUUUGCCUUGGCCCACGAUGUCUGGAACACCAGGGGCAGCUACACUUUUAAAAUAAGGCUAGGCUCGUUUAUGAGCAAUCGCACUUCUGUGGAUCUGGAUUUGUGUCAGGCCCUGGAAACUUUGCAAUCGGAACACUUUCUUCGAUUAAUUGCAGAUGAGUUCCGGCGAGUGGCCAACUUUCCAGUGAGUUGUCCAUUUAAAAAGAACACUCGCUAUCAUAUUGAUGGAUUUGCAAUCAGCGCCAAGUUUAUACCAAGUUAUGCUCCGGAACUGAGCUUCAUAUCGGACUGCAUGAUUUUUAUAAAUCGGAAACAAGCUUUCCAAUUGACAAUUUAUGGAAGCCUUAAUCGCACACGAUCUAAUAAAAAAAAUCUGUCUACAUUGGGAUAA